UGGCAUUUGCAUUUUGUGCUUUGAGGUAUUAAUUUUGAAACCAGAACAGAACAUGUCUAAGGAUGACAAGGACAAAGUGCAAAUCAUUGACAAGGACCUGGAUCUGUCCAAUGCCGGGCGCGGCGUCUGGCUAGUCAAGGUGCCAAAAUACAUAGCACAGAAAUGGGAAAAGGCACCCACAAACAUGGACGUCGGCAAGCUGCGCAUCAGCAAAACGCCUGGCCAAAAAGCACAAGUCUCACUUUCACUGACGCCCGCCGUGCUCGCCCUGGAUCCGGAUGAGAAAAUACCCACAGAGCAUGUGCUCGACGUGUCACAGGUGACCAAGCAGACGCUUGGCGUCUUCUCCCACAUGACACCGACGGAGGCAGCGGCCGGCUCCAGCAAUGGCAAGGAGAAUGGUGCCGCCGGUGCCUCAGCGACGCCGGACAGCGAGAAACUGUAUAUGGAGGGUCGCAUUGUGCAGAAGCUGGAGUGCCGUCCCAUCGCCGACACUUGUUACAUGAAACUUAAGCUCGAGUCCAUACGCAAGGCAUCGGAGCCGCAACGUCGGGUGCAGCCCAUCGACAAGAUCGUACAGAACUACAAGCCAGUGAAGGAUCAUGCUCAUAAUAUUGAGUAUCGCGAGCGCAAGAAGGCUGAAGGGAAGAAGGCUCGCGACGACAAGAAUGCUGUGAUGGAUAUGCUUUUCCAUGCCUUUGAGAAGCAUCAGUACUAUAAUAUUAAGGAUCUGGUCAAGAUAACCAAUCAGCCCAUUAGUUACCUGAAGGAGAUACUUAAGGACGUCUGUGACUACAACAUGAAGAAUCCGCACAAAAAUAUGUGGGAACUCAAAAAGGAAUACCGCCAUUACAAGACUGAGGAACAAAAGGACGAGGAGAAGACCAAAUCAGGUGGCAGCAGCGAUUCUGAAUAGUCAUCGAAUUAUGUUUUAAAUAAAAUUUUCAAAUGUAAUUGGUCGUCUACGCGAUGAAUAAAUCCAGCAGCAUUUCUGCACACUUUCUUAACA